CAUCGGGUACGGCCACAUUAAUAGACUCGCAUUCCUCCAGAUAAAUUUUGUUUUGUGUUUUGUUUUGCCUUUUUUUUUUAACUAUUGCAUCCACUUUGCUGCCGCCUGUUUCUAUACAAAUAGUUGUGAAACCAGAAUACGCGAACAGAAUCUUCUUGCACCGCGGUCAGCUGGACAGCUACAGCAACAAUGGCAUUCCGCCAGUCGGAGCACGAGAUGAGCGUCACCUCACUCGAUUCAAGCGUCGAAUUGCGAUCGCGCUCCCCAUCGCCGCAGGUCUUUAAUCCGCGGAAGCUCCGCUUCGCCGACGACGACUUUGACAAGGACACGCCUGAAGGAACGAGUCCGCAGCAUCCGCUUCAGCAGCGAAAGAACUUAUCCUCUGUCGAGGAGCAGCUGCUGAGCAGUAAGAUGGGCGAAGGAGUCGGCGACGGGGACGUGUCCAUGUCGCCGCCAUGCCAAAAGGUGCGCGCCCUGCGACUCUUUAGCACACCGGCCACUCCAAAGACCAUCCUGCAGAAGUCGACGACGCAGUGCACCAACCAUCUGUCGGCGGCAGCAGCGGCAGUGAACGCCUCCCGGCGCACCGACGACCUCUUCCGCCUGUCAGAGCGCCCGCGAUCCCUGCCCCUACACAACCGCAAACUGCCCACCCAGGACACGGCAAAUGUGAAUCCCUUCACGCCAGAUAGCCUCAUGGCUCACAAUAAGAAGCGUUGCCGCACGCAAUUCGGACGCGAAAACCUCAACCUGAAUGUGAAUGCUAUGCAAAAGUAUUUGCUCAGUGAUGCCUGUGACGACGAUGUAGCAGAGGAGACGGGUGACUCGAUGCGCGAAAUCCACCAGCAGGCACCUAAGCGGCUGGCCCUGCACGACACGAACAUCAGCCGCUUCAAGCGGGAGUUCAUGCAAGUCAACGUAAUCGGCGUUGGCGAGUUCGGUGUGGUGUUCCAGUGCGUCAAUCGACUAGAUGGCUGCAUUUAUGCGAUCAAAAAGAGUAAGAAGCCGGUGGCAGGCAGUUCUUUCGAAAAGAGAGCCUUGAACGAGGUCUGGGCCCAUGCUGUACUGGGCAAGCAUGAUAACGUGGUUAGAUACUAUUCCGCGUGGGCGGAGGACGAUCAUAUGCUGAUACAGAAUGAAUUCUGCGAUGGUGGCAGCUUGCACGCGCGCAUUCAAGAUCAUUGUUUGGGUGAGGCAGAGCUAAAGAUUGUCCUCAUGCAUGUGAUAGAGGGCCUGCGCUACAUUCACUCAAAUGACCUGGUGCACAUGGAUCUGAAGCCUGAAAACAUAUUCUCCACCAUGAAUCCCAAUGCACACAAGCUGGUGGAGGUGCAGCCGCAGCAGACCAAAGACGACGAUGGCAUGGACAGCGUAUACGAAGAACUGCGCCAUUCAGAGAACCUGGUUACGUACAAGAUCGGCGACCUGGGACACGUGACAUCCGUUAAGGAACCCCACGUCGAGGAGGGAGACUGCCGUUACCUGCCCAAGGAGAUCCUUCAUGAGGAUUACUCGAAUCUCUUUAAGGCUGACAUCUUCUCGCUGGGCAUCACGCUAUUCGAGGUGGCCGGCGGUGGUCAGCUUCCAAAAAAUGGACCCGAAUGGCAUAACUUGCGGGAUGGCAAGGUGCCGAUUCUUCCGAGUCUAAGCAGGGAUUUUAACGAGCUCAUAGCCCAGAUGAUGCACCCAGAUCCCGAGAAAAGGCCCACAUCGCAGUCCAUAUUCAGUCAUCCAAUUCUGAGUGCUGUUGACUCAAAGAGCAAGCUGCAGCUCGGCCUGGAGCUGACCGUGGAAAAGCGCAAGAACGAGAUACUGAUGAACAAGCUGAGAGAGGCCAAAAAACAGAUUAAACUGCUCGAGCAACGAGUCAAUCUUCUUGCGGUGACCAACAACCCGGAAAGUCUGGAUGGGCAGCGGUGCCUUCGCUCCUUCACGCGACGCAUGCGCACGCCAUUCUCCAGCCACGGCAAGUUCGACAGCAUAUCCGAUCGCAACAAGAACGUUAUCACCAAUAUCUGAUAAGCUCGCAACUUAUACCGAACCGAUAGCCAAACUCUUCCGAAUCGAACGUGAACUAAGCUCACAUUGUGUUACCUCUUAAGCGUAUUCAUAUAAUCGAUACAUAUUUUAAACUAUUCGCUUUCAUUCAAGCUCGUGGAUUAAGAAUAUAAUCUAUAUAUUUUUCAAGCUCAGUGAACUUCUCUUCGUUGAGAAAGCACGAUCGUACCCCCGUAAAUUUUAAGAUUCUCGCAUAGUUGUAAUGAGUAUUGUUUUCGAAAUUAAAAUAUUUAUUAUGUUACAUGGAAAUCGAAAUAAUAACAUUCCAUUCGUUAAAUAUAGCGAAUGCUAUUCCAUAAA